GGCCGCACUCGCGCCAUGGCCGCCUACAGCAAGUACCUCACCGUGCGCCACUCGGCCAUCGCCGGCGCCACCGCCGCCGCCUGCGCGCUCCUCUGCCUGCUCAACAAGCGGCGGGCGGCAGCGCAGCAUAGUAAGAGAAGUGGAAAACAAGCAUUGCAGAACAAUGAGAAAGAGGGAAAGAAGGAGCGAGCAAUGGUGGACAGAGUGUUCAUUACAAGAAUAUGUCGAAUUCUGAAAAUAAUGGUCCCUAGAACCUUUUGUAAAGAGACAGGUUAUUUGCUACUUAUUGCUGUCAUGCUGGUAGUCCGCACAUACUGUGAUAUUUGGAUGAUUCAAAAUGGAACUGUCAUUGAAAGUGCCAUCAUUGGUCGCAGCAGAAAAGAUUUCAAGAAAUACUUGUUCAACUUCAUUGCUGCAAUGCCUGCUAUCUCUUUAGUGAAUAACUUCUUGAAGUAUGGUUUAAAUGAACUGAAACUUUGUUUUCGCAUAAGACUGACCAAAUACCUCUAUGAGGAAUAUCUUAAAGCUUAUACAUACUACAAAAUGGGAAAUCUGGACAACAGAAUAGCUAAUCCAGAUCAACUCCUUACCCAGGAUGUAGAAAAAUUCUGUAAUAGUGUAGUGGACCUGUACUCAAACCUUAGCAAGCCUUUUUUGGAUAUAGUUUUAUAUAUCUUCAAGCUAACAAGUGCAAUAGGAGCACAGGGUCCAGCUAGCAUGAUGGCAUACUUAAUUGUUUCAGGGUUUUUCCUUACACGUUUAAGGAGACCCAUUGGCAAGAUGACUAUUGUUGAACAAAAAUAUGAAGGAGAGUACAGAUACGUCAACUCACGGCUUAUUACAAACAGUGAAGAAAUUGCUUUUUAUAAUGGAAACUUAAGAGAAAAACAGACUAUUCACAAAACCUUCCGUAAACUGGUGGAACAUCUGCAUAAUUUCAUCUUGUUCCGGUUCUCUAUGGGAUUCAUUGAUACUAUCAUUGCCAAAUACCUUGCCACUGUGGUUGGUUACCUGGUUGUUAGUCGUCCAUUUUUGAACCUGGCUGAUCCUCGCCAUCAAAAUAGUACCCAUGCAGAACUUCUGGAGGAUUACUACCAAAGUGGAAGAAUGCUACUGAGAAUGUCUCAGGCUUUGGGCAGAAUAGUCCUAGCAGGUCGUGAAAUGACAAGAUUGGCUGGUUUCACAGCUCGAAUUACAGAAUUAAUGCAGGUUCUAAAGGACUUGAACAGUGGCAAAUAUCAGCGUACUAUGGUAUCACAAGAAAAGGAUGCAGAUAGAACGCAAGCUUUUACUCUGAUUCCCGGAUCUGGAGAAAUCAUCAACACUGAUAACCUUAUCAAGUUUGAUCAUGUUCCAUUGGUGACACCUAAUGGAGAUGUUUUAAUUCAAGACCUUAAUUUUGAGGUUCGAUCUGGUGCAAAUGUUCUGAUUUGUGGGCCAAAUGGCUGUGGGAAAAGCUCACUUUUUCGUGUUCUUGGUGAGUUAUGGCCUUUGUUUGGUGGGCGUCUAACUAAACCUGUAAGAGGAAAGUUGUUUUAUGUUCCUCAGAGGCCAUAUAUGACUCUUGGAACGCUCAGAGAUCAAGUUAUAUAUCCAGAUACUUUAGAAGAUCAACGAAAGAAAGGGAUUUCUGACCAGGUACUGAAGGAGUAUUUGGAUAAUGUCCAGCUGGGUCAAAUCUUGGAACGCGAAGGAGGCUGGGAUAGUGUUCAGGACUGGAUGGAUGUACUCAGCGGAGGAGAAAAACAGAGAAUGGCAAUGGCAAGAUUAUUUUAUCAUAAGCCCCAGUUUGCAAUUCUGGAUGAAUGCACUAGCGCUGUUAGUGUUGACGUAGAGGGCUACAUUUACAGCCAUUGCCGUAAGGUUGGCAUCACUCUCUUCACUGUCUCCCACAGAAAGUCACUUUGGAAACAUCAUGAUUUUUACUUGCACAUGGAUGGUAGAGGAAAUUACGAGUUCAAGAAGAUAACUGAAGACACAGUUGAAUUUGGAUCUUAAAAUUCAUAAACUACACUGCUACAGAGACUGAUAAUUACAGGAAACAUGUAGAAUGGCAGACAUUGUACAAUAAAACUAUUCAGCUUGUUUUUUAAACAAAUUAACUAGGAUAACCAAAACAAGCUGUAAAGCAUUUACUAUUAUGUAGGAUAUUGCUAAUUGUGUAUAUGUUGGUUUAAUUAUUAAUAUGUACUAAGAAUGUCCUUAUUCUUGUGGUUUAAAAACCUGCCUGAAUUAAAUUGGGCUUAAAUCGGUGUAACCUGAUUCAUCCUGGGAUGCAAACCAUUUGAAAUCAGCUGAUUUGACUUUUGUAGACCUUGUUUCCCUUCAGUGAAAAGCCCUGUUAAAAUUAGGGUUGCUACCUCUCUUGCGCCUGCAAAGCAUCUUGGAUAUUUUGCUCUGUUCUAUGCAUGUUUCUGAGUUAUCUCACAUGCUGCAGGAUGGUCUCCGGUGUUCAGAUCUGUGCCCUGACAGACUGAUGAAAGAGCCUUUUCCUUGACCAAGCGUUGUGAUGUAGCCAAUACGCCCUUCAUGGUAAAAGAUGAACUAAACCUAAAAGAUAGAGUUAAUUUCCUUGGCUAAGAAAAUUAAGCUUGUUCUUUAGGUUUUGGAUUCUCUUUAGCUUUUGUCUGUGCAUAAGGUGAUGUGCUGCUCACCUCUCUUUCUCUCACAACUUAGCAAGAGCUUCAUCCUUCCCCUACUCCAACCUUCUCCUGUCAGAGAAAUUCUGUGAUAAUGAAGAGUUGAGAGGUAGUUGAGGGAGGAAAGGGCUAACAGGAAAAACAAGAGAAGUGAUGUUCUGUGUAUCAACUGGAUCUUUGAACAUUUUUCACCUGGGGUUGUUCAUAUUUUCUGCUCUGAAGAAAUGAAUGGCUUCCACAAGUAAUAGUAGACAAAAGUGUGGAAUCACUCAUUCUUAUCUUGAAAUCAAUAGGAGUUAGAACGGACUCAGAAAUAUAUCCUAAAUUGUCCAUCUUCUGCAAAAUAAUGUUAGUCUGUGAAGUAGCAGCCUGUUGUCUGUCCUAUGUGUUCAGUCCUGUGAUACAGCAGUUGUUUUUCAAAGUCUCUCCCUUCUUCCCUCUUCAAAAAGAGAAGUUCAAAUCUCUUCAUGGUUUUAGCUGCUGUUCAGAUCUGAGUUUGAAAAUAAGUGGUGAUGGUACUUUUUGUUAUUAGUCUAUGUAGAACCUAAAACGAUGCCUUUCAUCCUUCAAAUUUUCUUCUCAUUUCUAUCAAUAGGGCUCUUAAUUUCUGAUACCAGUUAUUCACCAGUGAUUCUCACUGCUGUCAAUGGGCUGCUAAUCCCUGUUGGUUUUCUUACUCUCCAGAUGCCAAAUCUCAUUAAAGAAACUAAACUUUUUAAAUAGCUUUCUGUAACCAAUUCUUGAUUAAAAAUGAUUAUUGUGGUUACCAUAUCAUAUUGACAAGCACAAAUGCAGCAAAAUUAUUUCUGUGAUCAGAGAAUAUAAAGAUAUAAAUCAAACUGAAUUAUUGUUUGAACUCUUAAAAAAAAAAAAAAAAGACUUGUACAGUGAAGGUCUAGUUCUUUAGUGUUCUACAUCAGGUACAACAUAGGAAUGCACUACAUGAAAGCAUGCAUAAAAUAAGCAAUAAAUGUGUUCUCUGUACAUCUUUUAUCGAGGGUUUAGAUUUUUAAAAAUCUUUUUAUAAAAUUGAUUGGUACUUGAAUGCACUGCUCUGCUAAUAUUUACCCAGUUUAACUAGUCGUUAUCUUUCAUAUUGAGAUUUCUACCUGUUAAUAUUUAUCGUAAUUCUUGCCCAUACCUGUCGUUAGUAAUGUUCUUUCAUAGUACUCAGAUGCCAAAAGCUAUUCUAGUAUAAGAAUCUAGUGACCACAGUAGAUUGAUAGUAGAGGGCAUCAGUGAAAAACAAAAAUGUCUCUCCAAAAUCUAGCAUUUUUUGGAAAUAAGACACCAGAAUAAAUUUUUGUGCAUGUUCCACAAGAAGGGAAAUAGUCAUAUUUUACUAUUUUUUCUGUACACUCAAAUUCUCAUAUCAGCCUAAUUUUAUAAUGUAGCAGGUAGCAGCAUGCUGUGUGUGAGGCUGUAGUCCCCUUUCAUUGUAACCAUGAAAAUGUGGCUGCCAGAUGACUGUUUUUGUGAAAGUUGUCAACUCAAAUGCAACUACUUUUCUUUAAAGGAAUGUUUUAGUAGCCUUUUAGAAAGACACCCCCCCCCCCAAAAAAAAAACAAAAAAACUUUAAAGCGAAAAAGUUGCUAUUUUCCAUGGGAGUAGGGCAAAUUCUAUAGUGCAGAAAUAGACUUGGAGUAGCUUAGUUGUUAGAGUAACAAGUAGGACCUUGCACAGCACAUUGAUGUAGCACUGUAGCAACUGCUCCCAUGGUACUUAAAUUGUUUGAUAACAAAAUUUUAUAUGAUCUUAGAGUUACUUUAAAAAGUAAAUCCAGUUCCAUAACAACGGAGGAAUAGGUUUGCCUUUAUAGAUAUUAUGAAAUUUGAAAAUUGAGGAUGCUCAUACUGUAGGGCCAGGAACUUGAUUCCUAAAAAUUUGUUUCUAAAUAUACUGAGAGGGAAGAAAACUAUUCUUCAGAACUUGAUUGUAAAAGAGGCUUAUAAAGAAAAUGUAAAAAUGAGUGAUGUUUUAGAAUGGUAUUCUUAAAAGGCCUUACACUGAACUACUUAAAGAUGGACUUUGUCUAAUGAAGGAAUGUAAAACCUAAUGAAAAUGAUCAAGUCUCAGUUCUGUUGCAGAAUUGCACUGUGAUACUAUAUAUUAGCUUUUAGGUCUUUUUAAUAGCACAAGUUGAAGUUUGGAAAUUAGAAUUUUAAUCUGUCCUAGUCAAACAGUACUGAUAAAUGCCUUCAGUCUCAAACUGUUGGCGCUUUGAAAAUGCGCUGGUGAUAGUCACAUGGCUGCAUUUCAGCAGUGGGUGGGAAACAUUCCUGUGUGUAAAUACUGUAAAGUGCUUUGGAGGGGGAAAUGGCGCUAUAUAAAUGUAAGACAUUAAGUGCCUCUGAAAUAAUAAAUCUGAACAGAAAAUGUA